AUGCCGUGCCCCUCGCCCAUGGAUGGCUGGCUUUGGAUGCGUCGCGCCUGCCGCCGUGCACCCAUGCCGCCGGAGAAGCAGAUCGGAGCCGGAACAGGAAGCAAUUUGGAGUCUUGGACGCAUCGACUUCGCCUUAGUGUUGCAUACUUACAAUACAACCAUGGAGAUGUGCGCCUGGAUGCUGAAGGCACUGCCUGCAAUGAUGCUGCGGGCUGGACGGCCGGAGAUGCGGCCGAGGGGGGACCUGAGGGGCGACGGUGCCUAGAGUGA